GACUGAGCUUGGUUGCGUGAAUUCUUUGAGAAACUGCAGCCACAGACGCGUCGCGUCAGUAUUCCCACGGUGACGCGUGUUUCGACGCGACUGCUGCAGGCCUCAAAGUUACUACAUCACUAAAGUCUGUCAUGGUAAAUAUGUUUGUAGCAACUGGACUGCUUGGGCCCGGCCCCUCGACCUCGUUGCUUGGCUCGUCAUCUACGACAGAUGGACUCAGCUCUGGAUUCAUAUCGAAUGGCCUUCUGGGUGGGCUGUGUGCUGCCCCAAUCCAUGGACAACCAGAAGAACGAGCGCAGGAGCUUGAAGGUGUAGAUGAGCAGAGUGCACAUGGUCAAGCAGAUAAGAAGAACGCAUUUCGAUCAAACGGAUUGCUGGGAUCGCAGGAUGUGGACGGAUCGCAAACCGACACUUUGACAUCAAGUGGGAUGUCAUAUGAAUCACAAGAUGAUCACUUCCCUCCCAUAUCAGACAUCCUGGGUGUCAUUCCAAAGAGUCCUCGCGAUACCGUGUCUUCAUCCUCCAGGUCAUUUAUCCCUACGCACAUACGUGCUUCGCUUCGUGCUACAACAUAUGAUGGAAACGCGAUACAUAUAGGGCGAAAGCGGUACAUAGGGACAACACAGAAGAUUUCUUCUGCUCCAACACGACUGAGCAAUCUAUUGGAUGUGCCUAUACACAGACUCAAGGACGAGCUAUCGGCUGCUACUGCUUCGAAGUUGCCAAUUAAGAAAACCACUACUGGAGUUUCCCAGUCACACAAACCCUCAAGCCCAGUGCCGGAGGAUACACUUUGGGUAGAUCGAUAUCGCCCUCGAAAAUUCACAGAUCUGUUAGGUAAUGAGCGUGUUGCUCGUGAAACAAUGGCUUGGGUAAAGCAGUGGGACUGGUGCGUAUUCGGUAAGAAGAAGAGCAAGAAGAGGUUGCGGGAAGAUGAUGAGAACUAUAACCCUGACGAUGAAUACCACCGGCCACGAGAAAAGCUACUGCUAAUAUCCGGUCCCCCUGGGCUUGGUAAGACGACAUUAGCUCAUGUUGUCGCGAAGCAGGCGGGAUAUGAAGUAAUGGAGAUAAACGCGAGUGAUGCGCGCUCUGCGCAGGUCAUCGACGAGCGAAUACGACCGGCGCUGGAAUCGGGGUCUGCAGUAGGAAGCGUGAAACCUAUGUUACUCAUCAUCGACGAAAUAGAUGGAGCCACAGGAGGCGGGGACAAUUCAAGUGGAUUUGUGAACAAGCUGGUUUCGCUCACCUUUGACAAGCCAAAGAACAAACGGAAGAAGAGCGACCAGAAAGACAAGCGUCCACUGCUUCGCCCGAUAAUAUGCAUAUGUAAUGACCAAAAUGCGAAUGCACUUGCCAAACUCCGUCCUCACGCCCGGCAAAUCCGGUAUACGAGACUUGCCGACAGUCAUAUCGUCAAGCGUCUCCGCGAGAUUUGCGAGUUGGAAGGGUUGCGGGCUGACACCAGGGCACUGAGUACCCUGGUUGGCGUGGCCAAAGGCGACCUUCGAGGUUGUCUCAAUACUCUGCAGUUCAUCAAGUCUCGCAAUGAUGAGGUAACCGAACCUCUAAUUCGCCGUGCUACAGUAGGCAUGAAGGAGGGGGACACUACAGCAACUUCCGUAAUCAACGAAAUAUUUGCCCCUUUAUCCCGAAAACGUAUCAAGGAGCUUGGUAUGGGCGAAGAAGAAGAGGCGCGAUAUGUGAACCGCCUAAGCCAUGCAAUUGAAGGAUUGAAUAAUCCUGCAAGUAUUGCAAAUGGUUGCUUUGCGCAUUAUAUCAAUUGCCACCGGCACGAUGCGAACUUGGACCACUACGAGAAGGCUGGGGAGUGGCUGACUACCUUCGACUCCUUUUCAUCGGUCAUGUAUACGGACGGGGACUUCGCGUUGCAUACAUACUUGUCGUAUUUUCUGGUCCCUUUCCAUCCUCUAUUCCGAGAGCGGGGGGAAAAGCGGGUAGAACGAGAUAAUUCGGACUGGGAUAACUUCCAGCUAACGCGCGCAAACGAAGAAAUUUAUAAAUCGUUAUCGAAUGGUAUCCGCUCUACCGGUCGGAUUGCAGGGGCCAACAGACACCUCGUCACAGGUCAAGUCUUACAACUCGAAUUUGCGCCAUUCAUCAAUCGUAUAAUAUCCCCUCCUUUGCGACCAGUUAACAGUCAAGUAAUCAAGCCACAGGAAAGAGCAUUGCUCUUGCGCCUGGUGGAGAUCAUGGUGGCUUUCGAACUUCGCUUUGUGCAAGAGAAAGCUGAGGAUGGCCAAAAUGUGUACAGGCUUGACCCUCCAAUCGAUGUUUUUAUUACCUACGACGGCAAGCGCGCAGCAGAUAUCGCAGUCUCCCGAUAUGCUGUUCGGCAGUUGGUCGCAGCUGAGAUUGACGCCGCACUCGUCGCAAAGCAAGCGGACGCUGUGGAGAGAGGAAAGGAACACGCAAAAGCCAACUUCUUUAAAACAAGGAAGAGCAACACGGAAAAUGUCGACGAAGCUCCUGAGCCCAUGGAAGUCACCGAAGGUGGCGAUGAACUGCGCCGCUUGGAUGCCUCCUCUGAGCCAGGCCCCAAAAACAAACGAGCACGCACUUCUGAGAAAUUGGACAUUGCAGACAAGCCGCCUGUAGACUUCUUUGGAAGGCCGAUCGCCGUCAAGAUAGAUUCAAGGAGGUCGUCGACGUCGAAAAAGGUAGUCCCUGAUUUUCGCAUUGCAUAUAAGCAUCUCGAAGGCAACUCGGCGGCUGUUCGACGGCCGACGAAGGUUUCAUCGUUUCUUUGAUCAAAUCCGAAGUUAUUGUACCAGACGGAGUCAUAGCAUACAGUAGAACUUGAUUUUGUACAAGGAGUAUAUCAGGAUUCGGAACGUUUUUUUAGCCCUGGAAUUAUAGCAAACACUGA